UGCCGCCAACGGUUAUCGAGCUGAAAGUGAGCGCGUGUCGAGCUUUUUGGCCGCCAGUUGUUUUGGGCCAACUUCGUGGGCGACUGGUGACUGGCCACUGGAUUGGCAGCAAACAUAAACAAACGAAGUGCGAAUUCGCUCGGAAAUCUAAGCUAAUUGACAUUACGGACAUGCGAGGGCCGGACUUUGGCCAAAUUUGGCCUGGCCAAAAGGAAGCGGAAGCAUUGUGGCCGCAACAUACAUUGUAAACUCCUAAACUGCAGGCGAAGUGUAGCGAAUUGUGUGCGAAUGGAAGUCGAGUAGAAAUCAAGCAACUCGAAUAUAUAUAUAUCUAUAUAUCCCUGCGGGAGUGGGUGUGUUAGUGUGCAUUUGUGUGUGUGUCUGGAGUUGGGCUGGGCAAAUAAGUGCUCGUGCUCCGCUUUUUUAGCCAGUUUAUCUUAAGGCGAAAUACUGUAAAAAAUUGUAAAAUGGAUUUACGUUUCGUAUUCAUCGUUUUCCUGCUCAAGUGGACCCAUGCACAAGGAUCCCAUCCGCCGCGAAUAGUGGAGCAUCCCAUAGAUACGACAGUGCCGCGACACGAGCCAGCCACGCUUAAUUGCAAAGCCGAGGGCAGCCCCACGCCCACCAUCCAGUGGUACAAGGAUGGGGUGCCCCUGAAGAUCCUGCCGGGCUCCCACCGCAUCACCCUGCCAGCCGGCGGAUUGUUUUUCCUCAAGGUUGUCAAUUCACGUCGCGAAACAGAUGCGGGAAUCUACUGGUGUGAGGCGAAGAACGAACUGGGCGUGGCAAGGAGUCGCAAUGCCACGUUGCAAGUGGCGGUGCUCCGCGAUGAGUUCCGCCUGGAGCCGCAGAACACAAGGAUUGCCCAGGGUGAUACCGCUCUCCUCGAGUGCGCCGCCCCGCGCGGAAUCCCCGAGCCCACGGUCACCUGGAAGAAGGGCGGCCAGAAAUUGGAUUUGGAGGGCUCGAAGCGAGUGCGCAUCGUUGACGGCGGCAAUUUGGCCAUCCAGGAUGCCCGCCAGACUGACGAGGGUCAGUACCAGUGCAUAGCCAAGAAUCCUGUCGGGGUGCGCGAGUCCUCGCUGGCUACACUCAAAGUGCACGUCAAGCCGUACAUCAUCCGGGGUCCACACGAUCAAACGGUUUUGGAGGGCGCCUCGGUGACCUUUCCCUGUCGAGUGGGUGGUGACCCCAUGCCGGACGUGCUGUGGCUGCGCACUGCCUCGGGUGGCAACAUGCCCUUGGAUCGCGUCAGUGUGCUGGAGGAUCGCAGUCUGAGACUGGAGAGGGUCACCAUCGCGGAUGAGGGCGAGUACAGUUGCGAGGCGGACAAUGUGGUGGGCGCCAUCACCGCGAUGGGAACUCUGACUGUUUACGCCCCCCCGAAAUUCAUCCAACGUCCUGCGAGCAAAUCCGUGGAACUCGGAGCCGACACAUCCUUCGAGUGUCGCGCCACAGGAAACCCAAAGCCCACCAUCUUCUGGACCAUCAAGAACAACAGCACGCUGAUCUUUCCCGGUGCUCCGCCCUUGGAUCGGUUUCACAGCCUCAACACCGAGGAGGGUCACUCGAUACUCACGUUGACCAGGUUCCAGCGAACGGACAAGGAUCUGGUCAUCCUGUGCAACGCCAUGAACGAGGUGGCCAGCAUCACCUCGAGGGUGCAGCUGAGCCUGGACUCGCAAGAGGACCGACCUCCGCCGAUCAUCAUUUCCGGUCCGGUCAAUCAAACCCUGCCCAUCAAGUCGCUGGCCACGCUGCAGUGCAAGGCCAUCGGUCUGCCCAGUCCCACCAUUUCCUGGUACCGCGAUGGCAUACCCGUGCAGCCCAGUUCCAAGCUGAACAUUACCACAUCCGGGGACUUGAUAAUAUCGGAUCUCGAUCGCCAGCAGGAUCAGGGCCUCUACACCUGCGUGGCCAGCUCGCGGGCUGGAAAGUCCACUUGGAGCGGUUUCCUGCGGAUAGAGUUGCCCACAAAUCCGAACAUCAAGUUCUACAGAGCCCCGGAGCAGACCAAGUGUCCCAGUGCACCGGGACAGCCCAAGGUACUGAACGCCACUGCCUCGGCACUGACCAUUGUGUGGCCCACCAGUGACAAGGCGGGCGCCUCCUCGUUCCUGGGUUACAGUGUGGAGAUGUACUGCACCAAUCAGAGCAAGACUUGGAUACCCAUCGCAUCGCGACUGAGUGAGCCGAUCUUCACGGUGGGCAGUUUGACCCAAGGAGCGGCUUACAUGUUCAUUGUGCGGGCGGAAAACUCACUGGGCUUCUCACCACCAUCGCCCAUCUCGGAGCCCAUUACGGCGGGCAAACUGGUGGGCGUGCGGGAUGGCAGUGAAAGCACUGGCACCUCACAGCUCCUGCUCAGCGAUGUGGAGACCCUGCUGCAGGCCAACGAUGUGGUGGAGCUGCUGGAGGCCAAUGCCAGUGACUCGACGACCGCUCGUCUGUCCUGGGACAUUGACAGUGGUCAGUACAUCGAGGGCUUCCAUCUGUACGCCCGCGAGCUCCACUCCACCGAGUACAAAAUGGUUACACUGCUCAACAAGGGUCAGGGUUUGAGUUCCUGCACCGUGCCUGGACUGGCGAAGGCCUCCUCAUACGAGUUUUUUCUUGUGCCAUUUUACAAGAGCAUCGUAGGAAAGCCCUCGAACUCGCGACGCAUGAGAACGCUGGAAGAUGUUCCGGAGGCGCCACCCUAUGGCAUGGAAGCCAUCCAAUUCAAUCGCACCUCGGUCUUCUUGAAGUGGUUGCCGCCACAGCCAAAUCGCACUCGCAACGGCAUCCUCACCAGCUACAAUGUGGUCGUCAAAGGGCUGGACGUGCACAAUACGACGCGGAUAUUCAAAAAUAUGACCAUAGACGCGGCCACGCCCACCCUGCUGCUGGCCAACCUCACCACAGGAGUCACCUACUACAUCGCAGUGGCGGCUGCCACGCGGGUGGGAGUUGGACCCUUCAGCAAGCCCGCGGUGCUCCGCAUCGAUGCACGCACCCAAUCCCUGGACACUGGCUACACGAGAUACCCCAUCAGUCGUGAUAUUGCCGAUGACUUUUUAACACAGACCUGGUUUAUCGUCCUGCUGGGCUCCAUCAUUGCCAUAAUUGUGUUUCUAUUGGGCGCAUUGGUUCUAUUCAAGCGCUAUCAAUUUAUCAAGCAGACCUCGCUGGGCAGUUUACAUGGCAAUCACGCAAUCGGAACCGUGCGAAAGUUUCCAACAUUGCCGCUAAAUGGAGGCGGAGCCGUCGGUGCCGGUGGCGUUGGUUCAAAUUCGACAGCCGCAACUGGGCAGAGUGGCCAUGGCCUGUGGAUCGAUCCCACCAGCGGCGUUUGGCGACAGGCGGCAGGAGGUGGCAAUCCGGGCGGAGUGGGCUCGUGUUCGACAAAGGAGCAACUUCCGGGAUACGCACAGGCCACCGCCCAACAGGGACAACCGCAGCCCACGCUGCUCCCUGAUUACGAGAGACUAUCGCCGCUGAAUAUGCCCGAUUACGCGGAAGUCGCCUGCUCGACAUUCAAAAGCCCCACCCACGGCGCACCACCGAUGAUGGGUGGUGGACUGGGUGGUGGAGUGGGUGGUGGCCAGUCGGCAUCCCUGUACGACAGCUGUGGGGCGUACGCCACCACCAAUGUGGUGGCCAAUGUGAAGCUCUACCAGAACCGCUAUGCGACCAAGACGGGCAAUAACAACAAUCACCAGGUCAACAAUGACUACCAGUCCACUGGCAUGUACUCCGCUCCACCCAGCGCCCACUACGGAUGCCUGGAGCCGAAGCAGCAGCAGCAGCAUCAGCAGCAUCAGCAGCAGCCCAAUCUGAUGACCACCUCCACGGCCAGCACAGCCAUCCUGACGAACUCGCCGGCCAAGGUGAAGAAGAUCAACAUAACCGAGAACAAAAUGGACCAGCUGGAGGGCAAGUCGGAGCGCACGAAUCCGUUCAACACGCAGCAGCAGCUGCUCCUGGCCAGCAACGCCCUGAAGCAGGGACUGGGUGCCUAUGCCAACACCACCUUGGCUGCCCAGAUGGCCAGUGGCGGUGGAGCGGGCACCUUGAGGCGCCAGCGGCAGCCCAAGACGCUUUACAAGAGCGAGAACAACAUACUGGGCAAGUCUGGUCUGCGGCAGAACACCAUGAAUGCGAAUGCGGGUGCGGGUGCAGGUGCUCCCAGCAAUGGGCAGUUGGACUUCCUGACUGGGGGUCCGCCGUCGGAGGGCGGGGAUUUCUCCGGACUGGGCCUGUGCAACUCCACCAAUCAGCUGCUGAACGACUGGGCCUCCAGUGCCUCGAUCGCAGCUCCCGGGGAUUAUCAUUUCGGCAGCAAGCAGCCCAGCAAGCAGCACCUCUACGUGAAGGCCAAGGACGGCACCUGGUCGGCAGUCAGCUCGGAUGCGUACCAGUCCUUCAAGCACCAGCAGCAGCACCAUCCCUUCCUGGCAGGAUCAGGUGACAACACCAAGUCCCUAGCUAGUGUAAACAGCUUAGCUGGCGAUAGCAAAUUCCUGAGUAGUUUUGGCUCUAGUGCCAAUGUCUAGAGCCGUGGCUUAGAGGUCCACUAUUAGGCUUGGGUCAAUCGAAAAGUGCUCAAUAAGUUAGAGGAUUCUAGAGGAUGCUAGAGGAUUCUCGAGGAUUCUGGAGGAUUCUAGAGGAUUCUAGAGGAUGCCAGAGGAUUGCAUUAGGCAGAUAAGUUGUAGGCGUAUAUCAGUUGGAAGCUGGCAGCAGGUGGAAGCUGGGUUGUGGAAUGUUGUGAGGGUUUGGUGGGGGUUGAACUUCUCUAAGAACUGUGUAAUACCUUUCCCCUUAACUGAAGCGUAGAAAUAUUCCAGCUAACCUAGCAAUCCCAUAGAGCAAUAUAUAAACGCCAUAGCCCUCACUUGCUAACCCAUUGCUCGAUUAGACUUCCACCAUCCGAAGAAAGUACCCAAACCCAGAAUAAACAACGAAAUGUAUGUAAAGCGAUACAGAAGACCCAGAGAAAUUGGCUUGUAAAUAGAAGUACCCAAACUAUAUCCUAUAUGUAAAACCCUAACCCUAAAGCAUUUAGAAUAUUGCAUUUGGAGCAAGCAAAAAUAACAUUAAUUUACACAAGAAACCAGCAACCAGAAAACAGAAAACAGAAAACAGAAACCAACCCAAAAUAGCACAGACGUAGUUAAAGUAAGUAAAGCGAUGAAAACCCUUAAAAGUUUGCAGCAAACCAUUACGAACUUUUGCAGAAAGUGUACCCACAGAUAAGAAAACCAAUGUCGACAUUUCGAAGCCAAAACGAAGAAUACCUAACCCUAACGAGAAUAUUACUUAGACUUAUAUGAAAAAGUGAAAAAGCACGAUGAAGUUAGUUGUGUGUGUUGAAAAUAUUGAAAUAUUUAAACUCACCUCCCGCAAAAGCUAAAUAAAUGCUAAUAAUAAGGCUGUUAAAUGUAAAAUAUCAUAAACGAUUCAAGAAUGAAUGGACUAAACCUACAUUUAAACCGUGUAAUUAAAGCAUUAAAAUGUAAUUAACUGACACUAGAUUUAGUUUGAAUAGCUAAAAUCGGAAAACCAAAAAGAGAGAAAAGCGAAAGUGCAAGGAUUACAGCAAAUAGGGGGAUUUAGCUGGAAAGAGACAAAAAAUAAAUUAAACUAAUCAAUUAAUUGAUAAAUUAUGCAAUGAGAAAACUAAAAAUAAAGAAAAACAUAAAACCAA